GCAGUUCCAAUCCAGUCUAGCGUGGUGUUAUGCUCGUGCUCGUCCCCGUCGAUGGUGAGGAACCAGGCAGAUUCCAGCACUCCAUCUGUCAUUUCCGCCUGUGGCAGCCGACAGGGAUCUAACAUGGAAGGCACUGCAGCCGAAUCAAGGUCUAGCUCAAACUCCUUGCAGCAACAUACAGGACAGCAGCCUCCGCAGCCUCGAAAGAAACGCCCUGAUGACUUCAAAUUUGGGAAAAUUCUGGGUGAAGGAUCUUUUUCAACGGUUGUCUUGGCUCGGGAGUUGGCGAGUUCUAGAGAAUAUGCCAUUAAAAUUCUAGAAAAACGUCAUAUCAUAAAAGAAAACAAGGUGCCGUAUGUGACACGGGAGAGAGAUGUGAUGUCCCGCCUGGAUCACCCUUUUUUUGUGAAACUCUACUUCACCUUUCAGGAUGACGAAAAGCUGUAUUUUGGGCUUAGCUAUGCCAAAAAUGGAGAGCUGCUGAAGUACAUACGCAAAAUUGGCUCGUUUGAUGAGACCUGUACCAGAUUUUAUACUGCUGAAAUUGUAUCAGCCCUGGAGUACUUGCAUGGGAAAGGAAUAAUUCACAGGCUGAAUGAAGAUAUGCACAUUCAAAUAACAGACUUCGGAACAGCAAAGGUAUUAUCUGCAGAUAGCAGACAAGCUCGGGCAAACUCGUUUGUCGGGACAGCACAGUAUGUUUCUCCAGAACUGCUGACGGAGAAAUCUGCCUGUAAAAGCUCUGACCUCUGGGCUCUGGGAUGUAUAAUAUAUCAGCUCGUAGCCGGAUUGCCUCCGUUUAGAGCCGGAAAUGAGUAUCUUAUAUUCCAGAAGAUAAUAAAGUUGGAAUAUGACUUUCCAGAAAAAUUUUUUCCCAAGGCAAAAGACCUUGUUGAAAAGCUAUUGGUUCUAGAUGCUACCAACAGAUUAGGCUGUGAAGAAAUGGGAGGAUAUGGACCUCUUAAGGCUCACCCCUUCUUCGAAUCCAUUGUGUGGGAGAACCUACAUCUUCAGACACCUCCAAAACUUACAGCGUAUUUACCUGCUAUGUCAGAGGAUGAUGAAGACUGUUAUGGAAAUUAUGAUAAUCUCUUGAGUCAGUUUGGCUGCAUGCAAGUUUCUGGUUCUGCCUCUUCCCAUUCACUGUCUGCCCCAGAGACAAGUACAGCCCAGACGUCAGGAGGAAAUAUUGAACAGUACAUUCAUGACCUUGACAACAAUUCCUUUGAGCUGGAUUUACAGUUUUCUGAAGACGAAAAGAGGUUACUUCUGGCAAAACAAGCCGGUGGAAAUCCUUGGCAUCAGUUUGUAGAAAAUAACUUAAUCCUAAAAAUGGGUCCAGUGGACAAAAGAAAGGGACUGUUUGCACGCCGGCGCCAGCUGUUGCUCACAGAAGGGCCCCACCUCUAUUACGUGGAUCCUGUCAACAAAGUUCUGAAAGGAGAAAUUCCCUGGUCUUUAGAGCUGCGGCCAGAAGCCAAGAAUUUUAAGACAUUUUUUGUUCACACACCAAACAGGACAUAUUACCUGAUGGACCCGAGUGGGAAUGCGCACAAAUGGUGCAAAAAGAUCCAUGAAGUCUGGCGGCACAGAUACCACCAGAACGCUGCGAAAUAGUAAAGCGCAUCCAAAAUGUCCCAGUUUCCCUACUUGCUGCUAGAACUCCGUGUGCAGCCUAUCCGAGGAGUCUUUACAGCCCACCCGUUGCCAUCUCAAGGGAAGCGUAUGUCUGGAAUGGUCUGUGUUGGGGUUUUUUAAGGAAAGAAAAAAGAAAAGCAAAAACCGAAUGGAAUUCAGGGUUGCUUUGCUCGCUCUUUGUGCUUCUGUUGA